GGUCUGUAAACCGCGAGGCCAGAUUUUACGUUAAAACCCUUUAUUUUUACAAACCAGUAAGUCUAAAAUUACAUGCCGUUCUUGAGCCUCAUCAAUUACUAAAGCAUUUUUAGUGUCACAAAAAAUAGAAUGUGAAAGUUUAUUUGUUAGUUUCCUAUCAGCAGAAAACUAAAUAAAAACAUGUUAGAAAAUGAUCAUUAUUAAUUGGAAACACGUCCAUUAAGUCUAAGAAAACCGUAUAAUAAAAAACACAAUUCACAAUGUUACUGUUAAUAGAAUAACAAAAAAUGAAUGUAAAAAACGAUUCUAAGUCUUUGAAUGAACUUUGCGUGGUGUGCCUCUGUGUGGGGCGGUCUCUCCGAGUUAUCACCGAAGACAAGAUCCUGAAAUACUACUUGGACGCUCUGCAAGAGAUACCUUUAAAUAGGGUAUCAUCAGUUCUGCUAGUGUGCUGGGAGUGUGAGGUGCUGCUGAAGAGGGCUGUACAGUUCAGACAGCAGGUCCAGGAUUCCCACAGGAUACUGCAAACCUACACUAAAGAGAAUUUAAACGAAUAUUUGCUGACCGAAGUAUCAAGGCCGCCGCGUUUGAAGAUCACCAAGAACGAGAUCAUCGCGAUAUCGCCGCACGUGGAUUGUUCUAGAAGACCAAAUGUUCGGGUAGAUUUUAAAGAUGAAGUCAAAAACGAAGUGAUCCAAAAUUUCAUCGGUUCUGUUGAACGCGAACAAGAAGAUGCCUUGGUAAACGUCAGGAGUGUGUCGAAGAGGAAAUCCAAACAAUGGACUCGAAAGAAAUUGAAGAGGAACAGAGAGAAAUUCUCCGAGUGCUUCCUUAAUGAAGUGUCAUAUGCAACCAGCGGCACUCGCAAUCGGAAGGACCUGCAGAGCGUGCUUGUAAAAGAUGAAGUUAAAAAUGAAAAAUCUGGCAGCGAUAUUCGAAUGUCUGACGAGUGUGUAAUAGACGCGGACUUCUCUGAUGACUCCACAGAAGAAAUAGGAUUGAAAGAUAACAAAAAUGGCGAUAAAUUUAGUGGAUCUGAGGGAGAUAUUGAAACCGCCUUCGAGGAUGACAAAUUCACCGAGUGCUUCCUUAAUGAAGUGUCAUAUGCAACCAGCAGCACUCGCAAUCGGAAGGACCUGCAGAGCGUGUUCGUAAAGGAUGAAGUUAAAAAUGAAAAUUCUGACAGCGAUAUUCAAAUGUCGGACGAUUGUGUAAUGGACCCGGACUUCUCUGAUGACUCUGGAGAAGAAAUGGGAUUGAAAGAAAAGAAAAGUAGCGAUAAAUUUAGGGGAUCUAAGGGAGAUAAUGAAACCGCCUUCAAGAAUAACAAAAUUCAGAACAUGAGCGAUACGGGGGGCAUACCAUUAAAUGUGAAUAUUGAAGACAAUGCAACAUUGGAUUUGCAGUUUGAUUGUCUGAAAGUGGAGAUUGACAAUGGGCGGUCGCGCGAUGAGGCCGGGAGCGGGAUUGAUCCGGGGACUGCGAUGCACGAUCACCCAUCGGCCAAAGUCCCGGGCACGUUGAAGAGGAAGACCAAACGUUGCCCGGCGAAGAAGACGAAGAAAGCGAAAGGCGUCAAAGGAAACGGUGUAAACAAAAAGGUGAAAGGAUCAGAAGAGAAGCUUUAUACUACGAUCGAGCUUACGCACGAGCAGAUGCUCGACGAGAGGAACGCCGCUCACGGCUCCGAGAGCUUCCAAAGUUCGGCCUACAAAUGCGAAACUUGCAUUCUCGGCUUUCAGUACCGGCGGCCUUACGAAGCUCAUCUAAACUCUAGACACGCAAAGACGCUCGGCGAUUACGUAUGUCCUAUAUGCAAGACGGUGGUGAUGUCCGUGGACUCUUUCACGGCGCAUUACAGACGUCACAUGAGAAGGUUCCAGUGCAACUUGUGCGAGAAGAGAACCAUAGACAGGGGCCGUAUCAAGCAGCAUCUGUACACGGAGCACGGGGUCGUGAUGUCGACGAUCAAGUGUAAGCAGUGCGGCCACGUGUCCCGCUCCUUAGACAACCACAUACACCACCUGGACACGCACAAGGGAAGGUUCAAAUGCAAAGAGUGCACCAAAACCUUCAAACACAGAGGGGGACUGAAGAAUCAUGCGAUCGCGGUGCACGAACUCAAGAAUAACUUCCCGUGCAGCGUGUGUCAGAAGGUGUUCCGCUGGAAGAACAGCCUGAAGAGGCAUACGGAGGUGCACCUAGCCAAGGACACGACAGAGGCGGCCUACUGUGAAUCCUGCGGUAUAGGGUUCAAGUCGGUAUGCUCAUUUCAAAGACACAUGAAGAAUAGCUUGAAGCACGUGACGCACGAUCAACGGAAAUACGUGUGCGAUCAUUGCAACCGAAGAUUCAUAGACAAGACGAAACUCCGAGAUCACAUUGAAUGUAAACACAUGCACAAAACCUACCAGUGCCACAUAUGUUUGAAGCCUUCUAAGAACAGAGUGAAUCUAGAUCAGCACAUAAGGAACGUGCACAAAGGGCGACCGAAUAAUAAAAUAUGCCAUCAUUGUGGCAAAGGAUUUCCGACCAAAGUCCAGCUCGACUCGCACAUGCGUACGCACACGGGAGAGCGUCCCUUCAUAUGCGAGUAUUGCCCGACCACGUUCACACAGAAAUCGAAUCUAUACAAGCACUACAAACAGGUACACCUCAAUAUAAAAUCGAAGAGGUAUCCGCCGGUCAAGAAACCGAAAGACGCGCUAAACUGCCAACCGUCCAUCGGGGGGUUCGAGAGAAUCAAUGGCACGACGUACCCGCCAGAAAGAGGUCUCGUGCCGUGCUGAUUGAUGUGUUCCAGGCAAGUGAAGGAGUUAGAUGGUAUACUUCUUUCAGGCGACCACCCCCCCUCAAUCCCACUCUAUGUGGGGUCGGCGCGGUCCUGCUACACAAGCAUCCGGCAUGACCUGUCCGACUGGACGCCUGCCCCAAGUGUUCAAGGCAAGUGAACGAGUUAGAUGGUAGACUUAUCAGACCCCCUCCCCCUCGCCAAAUCCCACUCUAUGUGGGGUCGGCGCCCCUCAUGCUACACAAGCAUCCGGCAUGACUUGUCGACGACCGGACGCCUGCCCCAAGUCGAUCCCCCCGGGUAAUGUCUCCAAUAGUUCGUCCACCCCAACGUGCGAUGAGGGGGGACCGCUUAUGAUACGUAUUCUAUCAAUAAUAAUCAUAGUAUCGUUUGUAAUACUCAUAUAGUUUCAAAAACAUGUUACAAGACUGAAAUAUAAUUUAUUGAUUUUAAAUUAAAAUUUGAAGAUAUAAUAUACUGGGUGUUAGGAGACCGCUUCCGAACACGAAGGCAGACGAU